AGACUACAGUGCGGCCUUUCUGGAACGUUCUCCAAUAAACGCGUGCGCUGUGUACCGCAGGCGACGCUCACUGAGCGCAAUAGCCGCCUGUCCGCUCUGCGAUUGGCUGCUGCCUCGCGCUGUGUUAGUGACUGGGAUAGGCCAGUAGGGGAUUCUGUCAGUUGGCCGCUGUACCGGUCACUAUAGCAACCGCAUAGUGUGCGCCCUGCCUCACGCUGAUUGGCUGCCGGCGGUAGGAAGUGGAACUGAGGCUCCCGGUAGUAGAGCAGCGUGUGGCUGUGUGUGCGGAGCUAUGGCGGGGACGGCCGAGGAUGAGCGCUUUGACGGGAUGCUGUUGGCCAUGGCCCAGCAACAUGACGGGGGAGUACACGAGUUAGUGAAUACAUUCUUCAGUUUCCUGAGGCGGAAGACUGACUUUUUUGUGGGUGGUGAAAGUGGAGCAGCGGAGAAGCUCAUCCAUGAAGCCUUUAACCACCAUAACAAACUUUCUCGUGCCACUCAAGAAAAAAUAGAGGCUGAGAAGAGGGAGGCACAAAAGCGGGAACAUGUGGUAAAGCAAAAACCAAUGGAAAGGGAUGAGCCCAGGAUCACAGAGCUGACUGAUGAAGAAGCAGAGAAACUUCAAAAAGAGAUUGAUAAGAACAAAGCUGAACAGAAAAAUGAGACUGACAAGAGUCCAAAUGAAAUACAGCAGUUGGAAUCCCAAAAGGAUGAAGAUGAGGAUGUAGAAGAUGAGAAGGAUAAAGGGAAGCUCAAACCAAAUUCAGGGAAUGGAGCAGACCUUCCCUAUUACCGGUGGACACAGACCCUGUCAGAAGUAGAUUUAGCUGUACCAUUUCCAGUUUCCUUCCGCCUGAAAGGAAAGGAUGUGAUUGUGGAGAUAAGGCGGCGUAGAAUGACUGUUGGUCUUAAGGGACAAACCCCAAUUUUGGAUGGUGAGCUCUUCAAUGAAGUCAAAGUUGAAGACUGUUCCUGGUUAAUAGAGGAUGGAAAAGUGGUGACUGUCCAUCUAGAAAAGAUCAACACUAUGGAAUGGUGGAGUCGCAUUGUCCAGACAGAUCCAGAAAUUAACACCAAAAAAAUUAAUCCAGAGAACUCUAAGCUCUCUGAUCUAGAUGGGGAAACCCGCAGUAUGGUAGAAAAAAUGAUGUACGAUCAAAGACAGAAAUCAAUGGGACUGCCAACUUCAGAGGAGCAAAAAAAACAAGAUAUCUUAAAAAAGUUUAUGGAACAACAUCCAGAAAUGGAUUUCUCCAAAGCAAAAUUCAGUUGAACCUAUUCUUCACAGCCAGUCACUUUACCAAAGAACAGAUAAAUAUUUGGCAUGUCCAUGUAACUGUUCUGAUUUACAUUAAAAUACAAAGUUGCCUACA